GAUUUAUCUGUGACAGGACAGAUGACAUCUAACCUGGAGUUUGAAGUUAAAUAUUUGGGAAGGAUGUUUUUGAUUGCUUGCCAGUCUGCAGGCGAGUAGGACUGCUGCUGGUUCUCAUGAUCAUGGGAACCAUGUCACUGCACCGUGUGUGUGGAGUGUUUGUAUUCCUCAGCUUAUGUCUGAUUUCCUUCCCACCACAUUGCCAUGGAGGAAACAUUCUGGUGUUCCCUGUAGAUGGCAGCCACUGGAUCAAUAUGAAGAUUCUGCUUGAAGAACUUCAUGCCAGAGGACACAACCUCACUGUGAUCAGGGAGGCCAACAGCUGGUACAUCCCUGAAAAGUCUCCACUGUACACAUCCAUUACACUUGAUACAAAAGGAGGCUUGGAAGACACAUUUGAUGGAUUCUUUCAGGAGCAUAUAAAGAUGCAGAGAGAAAGGGCUUCACUACUGACUUUCUUCAAAGUCACUGCGCAUUUAUUUUCUAUGCUUUCUCAUGUCCAUUCAGUGUGGGCUGAUGCCACAGUUAAAAUGUUGGAAGAUCAAAAUAUGAUGAAAAGCUUCACGGAUUCAAAAUAUGACCUGCUUCUCACUGAUCCAGGCUUCGCACCAGGGCUUGUGUUGGCCAAAUAUCUCAAACUGCCCGUUGUGCUCAACGUACGCUGGGUCACCAGUGGAGAGGGCCACUUUGCGUUAGCUCCCUCACCACUCUCUUAUAUCCCAGUGCCACAAUCAGGCUUAACAGAUAAAAUGAAUUUCAUCCAGAGGGUCAAGAACAUGCUUUUCUACGGCAUUUCACUGAUCCAGCAGAAAUUUGUGGUGGAGCCACACUAUGAAACUCUCUGUCAUAAAUAUAUUGAGGGAGGAUGUCAUAUCAUGUCCCUUCUUCUGGAGGCUGACAUUUGGCUGUUCAGGUCAGAUUUUGUGUUUGAUUUCCCUCGCCCCACAAUGCCAAAUAUUGUCUACAUCGGAGGAUUCCAGUGCAAACCAGCCCAGCCUCUGCCAGCAGACCUGGAGGACUUUGUUCAAAGUGCUGGGGAGCAUGGAGUGAUCAUCAUGACCCUGGGAACGCUGGUUGAUGCUUUGCCCAAAGAAGUUGCAAAUGAAAUUGGCAGCGUUUUUGCCAAGCUGCCUCAGAAGGUGAUAUGGAGGCACAAAGGAGAGCGUCCCUCUACGCUGGGCAACAACACUCUCAUAGUGGACUGGAUGCCACAGAAGGACCUCCUGGGACACCCGCAGACCAGAGUCUUUGUGGCUCACGGAGGAACCAAUGGAGUCCAGGAGGCCAUUUACCACGGGGUCCCUGUGCUCGGCAUACCUUUGUUCUUUGACCAGUAUGACAACCUUCUACGUUUGCAGGAGAGAGGAGCUGCAAAGAUCCUUCAGCUGGCUGAUGUUAAUGGCAACACUUUUGAGCAAGGUCUUAAGGAACUUCUUUAUCGAGAAAGCUACAGACAGAACAUCCAAAGAAUGUCACGUCUGCACAGAGAUCAGCCGAUGGCACCCAUGGAUCAGGCUGUGUUCUGGGUAGAAUAUGUGAUCCGUCACAAAGGGGCUCCUCACCUGCGUACAGAGGCUUAUAAGAUGCCCUGGUACUCAUACUACUGUGUAGAUGUGCUGCUCCUGUUGCUGACUGCAGUAACUGUGCUACUGAUGUCCACUGUGGCCGUUUUUCGGUUUCUGUGCUGCAGAAGACAAAGGAGACAAAAUCCAAACAGAACUGAUUUGAGGCCAAAUUUGUUUAGAAACAAGCUUCGGUGAGUUCUCUAAAUCUGUGCAUUUCGACAGCAACAUAUCUUAAAGGUGGAGUCUGUUCCUCUGAACCAAUAUUGUUGAAAAUUGGUUAGUUGUUAUAUUUGAACAGCAUCUACCAGAUUUACUGUGGCACAUUAUCCUCUUGCUGUUUAUUUCCUCCCUCAAUUCAGCCUUUGCCUGACUUUCCCUUUGACCUAUUAAGAGUCGGAAUGUCUCAGGGCACAAUGGAAUAAUGUUGUGCGGGUUGGUCUAAGCCAAUUUGUUUCCUUGAAUUUUUGAGCCAAGAUUACUUAUGACAUAGUCUCUGAAUCAGAAUUAAAUGUACUAGAUUAGAAGGGACACUCCAUUUUAAGAUAUCCGCUUUAAAUCUCUUAAUUGUUCAUGAUGCAAAACAACAAUAUGUCAUGUGUCCUAACAAUACAACAUAUAAAUGUCAUUAAUGUAUCCCUUUUCUGGUUUUCCUCAAAUCAUUAGUAAUAAUAUAAUGUUGUCAGCAUGAUGCUAUGAUUUUUAGGUCAGCUGUGACAAGCCAAACUAUCCAUUUCCAAUGUAACAAAUGCCCAAACUGCUCAGGAUGUUUGAAUAAAACCAGUUCAGAUGUCAUAACUAUGUUUCAAUGAUCAAAGUACUAUCUGAACUGUGUAACUGUGCCUUUCCAUUUCACAUGAUUGAGACAUGAUCAAUAAAUCUUUACUCAAAAGGAA